GCUAUUGUUAAAGUGGACAAAGAUAAUGACAUGACAGAAAUGGAAGACCCAGAGGAGGGAUACUAUGCAUACAAUGAUUUCACAAAGGGUCUGACAAUGGUAAAAGUUGUUGAUGCUGACAGCUACGUGUGCUACCUUAACCCACUCAACAGAAAUGCCCUAACACCUAAGGCAAUGGAGAGUUAUAUGGAACACCAUCCUGAUGGAGAGGAUUUAAUGUCAAAAGACAGAGAUCUUCCAGAAUACAUGCCAGCUAAAGAAUCAAUCAGUGAUCGCAGAUUUCUGAGCCAGUAUUUUCGAGAAGCUUGUGAGGGAUUCCCCAUUCAUUGGCUCAUUCCUGCGUCACAACAGACAAAUGAUACAGCCGUGAAUAGAAAAACACGUGAUGCAGAUGAUGAUCAAAAAUGUUGCUGUUAUGAAUGCCUCAUUUGCCUUAUCUGCCUUAUUUGUAAAAUCUGCUCUAUUAUUGGGUAGAUGUAAAACUUAUCACCGGUCAGAUGUCAUCAAACUGUCAACAUUAAUGUGAAAGGAAUCCAGCAUCUAGAUUUCUGUGACAAUGUUUCUUAAAUAUCAGGGAAUAGUAGUCAUAUUCCAUUAGGACAAAUCAAGAAGAUAAUAUAGCAAUAUAAUAACCUCAUUUACUAAGAGUGUGUUUAGGUCUUACCACAAUAUCAGCCUGGUCCAUGUCCUCUACCUCCUCAUUGAAGAGUUCCUCACUACUUGCGUCACUAGAGUCGAGAUCUUCCCAUGCUUCCUCCUCAUCUAAUAUGUAAAAAGUAGCACUUAAACACAUUCAUACAUGUACAUAUAGCACAUGUAGGUACAUUUAUACAUGUUCAUGUUUGCGUACCUGUAAAUAUAGCACAUGUAGAUAUACUCCAAGUCAUGUAGAUAAAUUUAUACUUAUACUGUACAUACAUAUAUAGUUCAUACAUGUACAUAUAUCAAUAAUCAGUUGUUUCAAAUGGCCCGAGUUAUGAAGUUCAAUAUACCUUCACUACAGCACAGGUUGGCAGCUAUCUCAAGUGCUAGCUGCUGUGCAAGGAUGCUGUGCUCGACAUCUUGGACCAUGUUCUCGUAUUUUACAUACUGUAGAAAGAAAUAAAAGUAGUGCAUGUAGUUCAAAGUUGUAUGUCAGUAGAACUGCUUUGAAUAAGUUUUCCGUCUUUAAGUGUCCAAACUAAUUUUGUAAAAAUGUCAAUAUGUGUCCAAACUAUAUUGUAAAAAUGUUUAUAAGUGUCCAAACUAAUAUUGUAAAAAUGUCUAUAAUGGGCCAAAAUAAUACUGUAAAAAUGUCUAUAAGUGUCCAAACUAAUAUCGUAAAAAUGUCUAU